AUGGUUGGGAGCGUGCACGUCAAUGGAUCGGUCCACGGUGGCAAUGGCACGGCCACGGAGGAGCGGUUGGACGAGCUGCGCCGGUUGCUCGGCAAGUCGGAGGGGGACCUGCUCAAGAUCGUCAGCGUCGGCGCCGGCGCGUGGGGCAGCGUCUUCGCCGCUCUCCUGCAGGACGCCUACGGCCAUUUCCGGGACAAGGUGCAGAUAAGGAUCUGGCGCCGCCCGGGCCGGACGGUGGACCGCUCCACCGCGGAGCACCUGUUCGAGGUUAUCAACUCCAGGGAGGACGUGCUCAGGCGCCUAAUCCGCCGCUGCGCCUACCUCAAGUACGUCGAGGCGCGGCUCGGAGACCGCACGCUGUAUGCUGACGAGAUACUGAAGGAUGGGUUCUGUCUGAACAUGAUCGAGACGCCGCUCUGCCCUCUCAAGGUCGUCACCAACCUGCAGGAAGCCGUCUGGGAUGCCGACAUCGUCGUGAAUGGGGUGCCGUCCACCGAGACGAGGGAGGUGUUUGAUGAGAUCAGCAAGUAUUGGAAGGAGAGGAUCAGUGUUCCGGUGAUAAUUUCCCUCGCCAAGGGAAUUGAGGCCUCGUUGGAUCCAAUACCUCGUAUCAUUACACCUACUCAAAUGAUUAGCUCUGCAACUGGAGUUCCAACUGAGAAUAUACUCUAUCUUGGAGGACCAAACAUCGCCUCAGAAAUUUAUAACAAAGAGUAUGCAAACGCUCGAAUCUGUGGAUCCAACAAGUGGAGGAAGCCUCUUGCUAAGUUUUUGAGGCAACCACAUUUCAUUGUCUGGGACAACAGUGAUCUUGUCACUCAUGAGGUGAUGGGUGGCCUGAAGAAUGUCUAUGCAAUUGGCGCAGGAAUGGUGGCAGCUUUAACAAACGAGAGUGCAACAAGCAAAUCUGUAUAUUUUGCUCAUUGCACGUCAGAGAUGAUAUUCAUUACUCAUUUGCUGACAGAGCAACCCGAGAAACUCGCUGGUCCUCUUCUGGCUGACACUUAUGUAACUCUUCUAAAAGGUCGCAAUGCAUGGUAUGGCCAAAUGCUUGCCAAGGGAGAGUUGAGUCCUGACAUGGGUGAUAGUAUCAAGGGAAAGGGAAUGAUUCAGGGUGUCUCUGCCGUUGGUGCAUUUUUUGAGCUGCUUAGUCAGCCCAGCUUAAGUGUGCAGCACCCGGAAGAAAACAAGCAGGUUGCUCCAGCUGAGCUAUGCCCAAUCCUGAAAAGGCUUUACAGAAUACUGAUUAAAAGGGAGCUCCCAGCAAGGGACAUUCUCCAAGCCCUGAGGGAUGAAACGAUGAAUGAUCCUCGGGAAAGGAUUGAGAUGGCACAAAGCCAUGCAUUCUACCGCCCGUCUCUCCUUGGAAAACCAUGA